GAUAUGUUGAAGAUCUUGUCAAAGGAAAAGAGAUUCUUCUAGCACAGAGAGAAAGCAUAGAUGAUUGUGUCACAAAAGCUAAACAAGAAACUAAAAAGAUUGAUAUUCUUGUUACGAAGUGGUUGGAUGAGGCAGACACGCUUAUAGUUGAUACAGUGUUGUUGGAAGAGAAGGCCAAGGCAAACAAGAGUUGGUGUUUUGGGCAUUGUCCCAACUGGAUUUGGAGAUGUCAUCUUACAAAUCAGAUAGAAAAGAAGACAAAGGAAAUAGCUAAUCAAGGAGACAAAUGCAAAUUUGAGCUAUUUGCACACCCUGCUAUCCCACCAGACAUAACUUAUUAUUCUUUCGAAGGGUUUUUCUUGUUUGAUAGCACCAAAUCAGCAUAUGAUCAACUUUUGGAGGCAUUGAAAGAUGAUGAUGUUUCCAUGAUUGGAUUGUAUGGAAUGGGUGGUUGUGGCAAAACCACCUUAGCAAAACAAGGCGGUAAAGCGACGAAGAAUCUUUUCAAUAGAGUUGUCUUUUUUGUUAUAUCUAGUUCUGCUAAUGUUUCGAGGAUUCAAGAUUCUCUUUCAUGUGAACUAGGUGUCACUCUUGAAGGACAUGAUAACCAAGCAAAAGCUAAAAGCUUGUCGUCGAAGCUAGACAAUGCAGGAAAUAUUUUAAUAAUUUUAGAUGAUGUGUGGGAGAAGCUUGAUUUUGAAAAUAUAGGAAUUCCCUUUGGUUCCAAUUUCAAGAGAUGCAAAGUUUUAAUAACUACACGACAUGAAACUAUAUGUGCAUUAAUGGAUUGCCAAUGGUCUGUUAACCUGCAUCUGUUGAAUGGAAGAAGAGGCAUGGAGAUUUUUCCAAUAUCAUGCCAAGAUUACUAAUCUAACCUCUGAAAGCAUGAAGGAUUUAGCAAAGCAAAUCGCAUAUGAGUGCAAAGGAUUGGCUAUUGCAAUAGCAACAAUCACUUGCACUUUGAAGGAUAAAGAUAUUGCUGAAUGGGAAGAAGCUUUGGAAAAAUUAAGAGAUUCUGAUUGGAUGAAUAUUGCAAAAGGAAUUGAGAUCACUUCCACUAGUCACUCGAAGUACCCAAAUGAGUUAUGAAGC